AAGCGGUGGGAUGGUAACGGUUGGCGGCGGGUCUUCGUCAGUCAGUGGCAUCCAGUGGCAAAGCAACACACCGCGUUACCGCAACAGGACACAGCACCAGGGACCAGGCACUGCUCUGGCACGCUGGCAGUACCACGGUAGCCAUCCCAGCGUGCGGAGACGUCACAACGGUCCGCAACGUUUGCAUCUGGAUCGGUGCUCUCGGUGCUGGUGCGUGUGCGUACUUCCCUUCACCGCACGUGGGUUGUCACACUGUGAUAGCGGUGCGACUAACAUCUUCAGAACGCGUGAGUGUGUGAGUGAGAGAGUGUCUGGUGUGUCCAGUAGUGUCCUCGUGUCCAGUAGGUCUCCGAUCAACCACAGCAACCUCACCAGCGCCAACAUCAGCGAGUCAAACGAAGCGAUAUUGAUGUGCCCGGGCGCACCAGAGAUGGCUAAGAGGUGCCACCGCGUGGACUGCAGUGUCUCCAGCCGGCCGUAGGUAGAGUGCCGACCAGAUAAAGAGAUCUCCCGAACAUCCCAACCAUCCUGCAACAUCCUGCCGUUUAGCUGCAACACCUCUCCCGAGAAGCACGAUGAUGGACGCACCCUUGAACCUCAACGAAGCCGGCUACUUGGGCAGCUUUCUGUCGAACAGCCUCAAAACGCAUCAGCUCGAGGUGAACACCGACUCGAAAACGCUACGCCCGAUCGCACGCCUGAAGGAGCCGCGGGAACUGUUCGCACUGCCGAAGGAACGAGACUAUGAUUGCCCCCAGCAGGCCCCCCGAUGGCCCAUCGAGUGUCAGGUGCUUGAGGAGCGCGUGUAUCACCUGGACGACGCACCGGAAACGCCGGAACCGUACUACCAGCCGACCGGCAAGGAGCUGCAACCGCGCCCGGUAGGCGAAGAGAAUGGCAUCAUCGUGUACAACUACAACCCGACUAGUGCCGUGCACUACUUGCCGGUGGAUGACGAGGUAACGCAGCCCGAGCCCGAACCCGUACCGUGCCCGGGGAAGGGUGGCGGGUCGGUGCUUCGGCAGCUUCGGCAGCUUCGCCGGCGGCUCCAGCGCACCCUGCUGCAGUGGGAGGCGAGCGAGUACGUCGACCGGGACUACUCGUACGAGGAGAUGAACGAUGCGGGCGAGAUUCUGCCGUACGACGAGGAGAACCAGAUCGUCCAUCAGGUGGUGGAGGAGUCACCGACACCCGAUCGGGAGCUUGUCGCCAUGCAUUUGCGCAAACGGGCGUCGGCUGGCGGCGCAUCGAGCGAAGGGAAUGUCCAGAGGCAGGUCGACAGUAGCACAGUGUGUGACAGGGAGGCAGUGAGCAGCAGUCCCGACAGUGAUCGUGACGGUUGCCAACCACUCAGACACGUGGAUAGUACCAGCAGCACCAACAACGACAACAACAACAACAACAACAACAACAGUGACGAGUCGGAUGACUCCGACGGCGAACAGACGGGGUCGUCGCCUGCGGUACCGGCUAGCAUGACCAAGACCACCACUAAUCGUACACCCGAUCUCUGUCCGCAGUUUAGCCGCUCGACGGUCGGCGGCUCGAAGGCCCAGCCGGCCGCCCAUCCGACGCCGCUCGAUCCGGACGAUCUCGUGUUCGAGUCCCGGUUCGAGAGCGGCAAUCUCGGGCGCGCGAUCAAGAUCACGCCGACCUACUACGAGCUCUACCUGCGGCCGGACAUGUACACCAACCGGCACACGCAGUGGUUCUACUUUCAGGUGAAGAACACCAAGGCGAAGGUAGUGUACAGAUUCUCCAUCAUCAAUCUAACGAAACCGGACAGCCUCUACAAGGAGGGCAUGCGGCCGCUGAUGUACUCGACGAUGGAUGCGGAAUGCAAUCAGGUCGGCUGGAGACGGUGCGGCGACAACAUUGCCUACUUCCGAAACGAGGACAACAGCAAUGGAUACAAUUACAGCCACUACCAUCACCGGCCGGCCGAUGACGACGAGGACGAGUACAUCGGCACCAGUUCGUUCACGCUGUCGUUCAACAUCGAGUUCAAGUACGACGGCGAUACGGUCUACUUCGCCCACAGCUACCCGUACACCUACUCCGACCUGCAGGACUAUCUGAUGUGCAUCCAGCGCAACCCGGUCAAAUCGAAGUUCUGCAAGCUGCGGCUGCUCUGCCGGUCGCUCGCCGGCAACAACGUCUACUAUCUCACCGUCACCGCGCCGACCACGCACGAAGACGACAAUCAAAAGAAAAAGAAAGCAGUCAUUAUCACCGCACGUGUUCAUCCGGGUGAGAGCCCGUCCUCCUGGAUGAUGAAGGGUCUGAUGGACUUCAUUACCGGCGAUUCGUACGUGGCAAAGAAGCUACGGCAUAAGUUCAUCUUCAAGCUGGUACCGAUGCUCAACCCGGACGGCGUCAUCGUGGGCAAUACCCGCAGCUCGCUGACGGGGCGCGAUCUCAAUCGCCAGUAUCGCACGGUGAUACGCGAAACCUAUCCCUCGAUCUGGAACACGAAGGCAAUGAUAAGAAGACUGAUGGAGGAUUGCGGAGUCGCGAUGUACUGCGAUAUGCAUGCGCACUCGCGCAAACACAACGUGUUCAUUUAUGGGUGCGAGAACCUCAAGCGGCACCCGGACCGACGCCUGCUGGAGCAAGUCUUCCCGCUGAUGCUGCACAAGAAUGUGGCAGACAAGUUUUCGUUCGAGAACUGCAAGUUUAAGGUGCAGAAGAACAAGGAAGGCACCGGCCGGAUCGUCGUGUGGGUGCUGGGCGUCACCAAUAGCUACACGCUUGAAGCGUCCUUCGGUGGCAGCACGAUGGGAGGCCGCGCCGGUACCCACUUUUCCACUGCGGAUUACGAGCACAUCGGACGGGCGUACUGCGAGACGCUGAUGGACUAUUACGACGAUAAUCCAAUCAAAGAAAAGCUGCGCAUGAAAAUUCUCACUCGCCUGUCGAAGGAAGGCUCGAGCGCGGAGGAGCCGCUCAACAUACCGCUGUCGGACUACUCGAGCGACGAGGGCGACACGAGCAGCAGCAGCUCGGAGGACGAAGGGAAGGACAGCAUGGCCGAGCUGGAGGGUCCGUGCUGUUCCACGCUGAAGGUGCCCCCGUCCUCGCCGGUGCUGCCGCAGAAGCUUAAGGGCAACAAGAAGAGCAAGAAACAGUCCGUCCCGCUGGCCCGACCGCCGACCUACCGGCGCAAAUCGCACAGCGUGCAGCGGAUCGUGCUGGACAUCCCCACCACCGAGCCGGCGAGCGACUUCUUCGAGUACACGUCCGAGGACGAGCUGCUGCUGCCGCCGGCGGCCGCCUCCGACACCGAGAACACGGUCAAGCGCACGUUCCGGCGGCGCAACCGGCCCCGCCGGACCGACAACAUACGCAAGCUGACGCUGCUCGGCUGCGAAACGCAAUACCUCAUGCCGCCGGAGCUGAUCGUGCGGUCGGCGGCGAACCGGUACCAGUCGGAGGACGAGGACGAGCAGAGCAAGAUGGUGAUGAGCAUCAUCAAGGAGUUUCCGCCGGUGCUCGGGAAGGAGCGGGUCUGGCAGCGAUCGAGCGGCAGCGAACGAACGGUGGAGGUGAUGAAAUCGGCCAGCCCGGACCACUGCCAGGUGCGGUUCUCGCUCAAGCGCUCCAUCUGGACCGGCACGCACUCGGACGGGUACGUGAACGAUUGCUACAACCCGCGCCCGAUCUCGUGGGGCGCACCGCCCACCCUCGUCAAAUCGACCCACUACGACAAUGAGGCGCUCCUCACCGCCUGCUCGCAGAAGCUGGCCGCCUGGAAGGACGAAAAGCGCAGCAUGAAGGAGAAACACCACAAGAGCCUGCUGAAGCACCACUCGCACGUGCUGGGCGCGCACAAGGACAAGGAAAACCGGAGCGUCCGGGUGAAGAUCACGGUCGGGUCGGAGCAGUACGCGACGGCGGCGGCGGCGGCGGCGGCGGCCGCCGCUAACGGCACCGCCGGCGGCAAGCACAAGCUGCCCGGCGACAAGAAAGCAUCCGACCAAACGCCGGACGGUGGGCCGGCGGGCGGUGGCGGAGGAGGCAGCAGCAUAUCGCGCGUCAAGCGAAAAACGCGCUCGACGCUGAGCAAGAUUGUGGAGAAGGCGGAAAUCAUCACGCACCUGUCGCGGUCGGCCCGGGUCGGGCAGUCGCGCCGGCUGCUCACCACCAGCAGCUCUCUCUCGACGGCCGGCUCGCCCCGCAAGGCGCUGCUGAGCGUCCCGUCGACGGCCGGCCCGCUGUCCGCCGGGCCCAACGGCACCGGGAACGGGGGCGCCCCGGACCGCCCCAAUGGCGUCCCGUCCCCUGGCGUCAAGCCGGGCAGCAAGUUCCGGACGGGCGGGAUCGUUGUCACCGCCGCCCAGCCACUGCCCAAGAUGCGCAAAGCGUACGCCGGCCCGCGGGGCAAAAGUACGGCCUCGCCGAUCAAGCUGCCGACGACCAGCAUCGACAUCCAGCUGACCACCCUCUGCUCCGAGACGGAGUCCGAGCGGAACGUGAAGGUGAUUACGGGCAAGAAGCACAAGAAGAAGCGCACCGCCAAGGAGAAAAAGGAUAAGCUGCCCUGCUAGGGGCUGGUUCAUUGCACUCCCCCCCUCAAGUGUGUGUGUGUGUGUUUGUGUGUGAGUAUGCGUGCGUGUGUUUGUGUACAUAGCGUUGUAUUUCAAGCGUUUCUUUGACGCGUUCAGGCGUGCUCCGUUCCCUUUGCCCGGAGCGCGAACGGAAGUUCAGUUUUGUAAGCUAAGCAGCAGCGGGGUGGUGGGGAAGGUGGAGGGCACACGCAAGCCGUACCAAGAUAAGCGAAAUGAUUUAUAAACCAUUCUCAAGAACGACACACGUAGUGAUGAAAUAAAGCUGAAAUAAAACAAACAUACAGCAAUGAUGGGGAAAGCAUUAGGGGGAGGCAAGGGGGUACUUUUUUCGCGACACAGCUUCUCCACUUCUCUCUCUCUCUCUUUCUCGCUCUCUUGGUGGUUGUGUUGGAUGGUUUACAUUACGUAAAACUUACCCACGCGUCAGGAAAGGCCGCUGGCAGGCGGAUGGGACAGGUGGCGGUCCGGACGAGCAACAGGAGCGGCUUGAGGACGGUGCGGGCGAUUGAUUGUGGCUACCCGUGGCGGAGGGGGGCUCCGGAUUUUCUUUCGGUUUUCCUGCCAAAGGCACACACACACGCACACACGCAAACGCACACACAACACACACAGCGACUUGCUACGCGCGCAAUCCAACGGAACAACACGGCCGUGUGCCUUACCGUUCGGUUACAUCAAGCAUCAUACAUUGAGGGGCAAGAAAAUGGGAAUGAAAAAAAAGAGAAGAAACGGCUGGCGAAAAACAA